UGCGCCCUGGCCCAGGGAAACCCCGUCGCCCUUCUCUCUUUCCCUCUCUCAAGACGAGGCGACGUGCAGAAUGGCAGAGCUUGAGGUGGCUCCUGUGGUGGCCGAGGCUCCGGAGAUUAAACUGUUUGGACGCUGGAGCACGGAAGAUGUGCAGAUCAGCGACAUCUCCCUGCAGGACUACGUGGCCGUCAAGGAGAAGUAUGCAAAGUACUUGCCCCACAGCUCUGGCCGCUACGCCGCCAAGCGGUUCCGCAAGGCGCAGUGCCCCAUCGUGGAGCGGCUCACCAACUCCAUGAUGAUGCACGGACGCAACAACGGCAAGAAGCUGAUGACUGUGCGCAUCGUCAAGCACGCCUUCGAGAUCAUCCACCUUCUCACCGGCGAGAACCCACUACAGGUGCUGGUGAACGCCAUCAUUAACAGCGGCCCGCGUGAGGACUCCACUCGUAUUGGUCGUGCGGGCACCGUGCGGCGACAGGCGGUGGACGUCUCUCCCCUCCGUAGGGUCAACCAGGCGAUCUGGCUGCUGUGCACGGGAGCGCGUGAGGCCGCAUUCAGGAACAUCAAGACGAUCGCGGAGUGCCUCGCUGAUGAGCUCAUCAACGCUGCCAAGGGCUCUUCCAACUCGUACGCCAUCAAGAAGAAGGACGAGCUGGAGCGGGUGGCCAAGUCUAACCGCUGAGCCCCUCACCACCAUCACCACGGAAACCCAAUAAACAUGGUUCCUGCAGA